CUCUGACGGCACCUGCCCCCUUAUAAGCCUCAGUAAGUCACCGCCGGGACCCUCACCAACAUCUCAUUUCACCGUUCCUCUCAGUGGAAGAAGAGGAACUGGGAACUUCAUAAAGCGUCUGAAAUGUUCACAUUUUUCCUCCGGUGCCCACGCACAUGACUCAUUUAGGACUCAAGGUCUUCAUGCCGUCCCGCUCCUAGCAGUAGACCGCUGCGACGAUGACCGUUCAUGUGGAGGGGCUUGUGGCUAUCGCGGUCUUCUAUCUGCUCAUCCUGUUCGUCGGUAUCUGGGCGGCAUGGAAGAACAAGCACUCCGGGGAGGCGGAGGGCGCAGACCGCAGCGAGACCAUCAUGGUCGGCGGCAGAGAUAUCGGACUAUUCGUGGGUGGAUUCACCAUGACAGCGACCUGGGUAGGAGGAGGGUACAUCAACGGCACAGCUGAGUAUGUGUAUCUACCCGGUUCUGGCUUGGCUUGGGCUCAGGCUCCUUUUGGAUACGCUCUCAGCCUGGUUGUUGGCGGUCUAUUCUUUGCCAAGCCCAUGCGCUCUCGAGGUUACGUCACCAUGUUGGACCCGUUCCAGCAGUUGUAUGGGAAGCGUAUGGGUGGGCUUCUCUUCAUACCUGCCCUCAUGGGUGAAAUCUUCUGGUCUGCUGCCAUCUUAUCUGCACUCGGUGCUACGCUGAGCGUCAUUGUUGAUAUCAACAUUAAGAUGUCAGUAGUUAUCUCUGCGCUCAUUGCCAUCUUUUACACCCUGGUUGGAGGACUGUACUCUGUGGCCUACACAGAUGUUGUUCAACUCUUCUGUAUCUUUGUUGGCCUGUGGAUUAGUGUCCCCUUUGCUUUGACCAACCCUGCAGUGGCAGACAUCACUGUUACCGCAGUGAAGCAGGUGUACCAGUCACCCUGGAGAGGCAGCGUCAACAAGAGCGACACGUGGGUCUGGAUCGACAACUUCUGCCUGCUGAUGCUGGGAGGAAUACCGUGGCAGGUGUAUUUCCAGAGGGUCCUGUCAGCCUCCUCUGCCACGUACGCCCAGGUCCUCUCCUUCCUGGCUGCCUUCGGGUGCCUGGUCAUGGCCGUGCCCUCCGUUCUCAUCGGGGCCAUCGGAGCCUCUACAGACUGGAACCAGACCAGUUAUGGUGCUGUACCUCCUAAAGACAAGGAAGAAGCAGACAUGAUCCUGCCCAUCGUGCUCCAGCACCUUUGCCCACCGUUUGUCUCCUUCUUUGGGCUGGGCGCGGUGUCCGCCGCUGUCAUGUCCUCGGCAGAUUCCUCCAUCCUCUCAGCCAGCUCCAUGUUUGCGAGGAACAUCUACCAGCUUGCAUUCAGGCAGUCAGCAUCUGAUCGUGAAAUCGUGUGGGUGAUGCGAGUCACCAUCUUUGUCUUUGGCGGCCUCGCCACCAUCAUGGCGCUGGUGACUGGCACAGUUUACGGCCUCUGGUACCUGAGUUCAGAUCUAGUUUACGUCAUAAUCUUCCCCCAGCUGCUCAGCGUUCUCUUCAUCAAAGGCACCAACACGUACGGCUCAGUGGCGGCGUACCUGUUCGGCGUGGUGCUGCGUAUAGGCGGAGGCGAACCCUACCUGAAGCUGCCGCCCUUCAUCUAUUACCCCGGCUGGACGAUUGAGCAGCGGAAAGAUCACAUGACCGGAGAGAUGCAGGAUGUCGUCAUCCAGAAGUUCCCCUUUAAGACCAUCUCCAUGUUGGCCUCCUUUCUGGGAAACGUUGCUUUCUCAUAUCUGGCCAAGUACCUGUUUGAGAGCGGCAAGAUUUCUCACAAAUACGACUUUCUCGACGCGGUGGUGUCCAAGCACAGUGGGGAGAUUAUGGAUAAGACCACACUCGUGACUCGCGGCAACAACAUUGGGCUGUCGGAGAUGGCGCCCGUCAAACCGCGGCUGAGCGUGACCUUGGCGGCCGCCUUCACGCGCCGCGACACGCUGCCGACAGAGACGGUGGAGGAGGAGGAAGAGGAGUCCAGCCCCGACUCCUCCCACCACGACGAGGAAUGACAAAGUCAGGAUCCGGUUAAAAGCAAAAAAAGAAGAAAAAAAGAAAAGAAAACAUGGCGUUUGACUGAACGGCCAGAGAACCAAGAGACUGCGAGCAAACAUUCUUCCUUUGGACUACAAAGUACAUCGACCUGCAGGAUAUAUAGAGUAGCAGCUUGCUUCGAUGUCCAGACAUGGAGCUGUGUUCCUGUGACGUAAAGCAACACACACACGCACACACACACACACCCACACACACACACACACACACUCACACA